AUGGCAAAUUAUCCAGCUUCAACGACAGCCGAUGGUUUACGCCGAAUUCUACAAGGAUACGAGCAUGCGGUCGGAGGUUUCUCGGGAGGUGUUUUUUCUACACUCAUUUGCCACCCAAUGGAUUUGUUAAAAAUCAGAUAUUCUGCUAAUGAAGGUGAUGCCUCUAUUCGACCACAGUACAGAAGCUAUUACGAUUGUGCUCGACAAAUCAUACGUUCAAAUGGUGUGUCGGGACUUUAUCAGGGACUAACGCCGAACUUGCUGGGUGGUGCUAUUUCUUGGGGACUCUAUCUUCAAUUUUACAAUAAAAUCAAACAGCCCGUUAGUAGCACAUUCAGCAAUUUGCCGGACCCUGCAACUCAUUUUAUAUGUGGUGUUCUCGCGGGCUCAGUUGUGAUGUGUUUCACGAAUCCAAUAUGGGUGGCAAAAACAAGUACGAGCAAAAAGGAAGGAUUUCGUAGUCUUUAUCGAGGAUUUCUGCCGGGACUUUUUGGAACAACACACGGAGCCGUGCAAUUCAUGAUUUAUGAUUGGUUAAAAGAUUGGCGAUGUGCACAACUUGGAAUAGGAAAGAACUCAAAACUUGGCGUAGCUGAUUACUUUGCCUUUUCGGCUCUAUCAAAAAUUGUGGCCGUGACAGUAACGUAUCCUUAUCAGGUAGUUCGAACUCGUAUGCAGGAUCACAAUAUUGCACAACGCGGGGUUUUGGAGACAAUUCGCGUAGCAUUGAGGAAUGAGGGACCAGGCGCUUUUUAUAAAGGACUUUUGAUUGCUAACGUUCGGACACUGCCGGCAACUGUUGUCACACUGCUGACUUACGAACAGGUGCAUCACUUCCUUCAAGAUAAA